CUGUCACCAGCACCCCGACCCCGACUCCCGGACGUUUUGGUGGAUUCAUGAAUGACACACUGAGGAAUCGUGUCUGACAGCGUCGACAUGAGCUCUAAACUGUGGACCGAGGAGCAGUUCAACUGCCCCGUGUGUCUGGAUCUCCCCAAUGACCCGGUCACCAUCCCCUGCGGGCACAGCUACUGCAUGGGCUGCAUCAAGGACUACUGGAGCAAGGACGACCCUAAGGGGGUCUACAGCUGCCCCCAAUGCCGGCAGACCUUCUCCCCCAAGCCCUCCCUGUCCAGGAACACCAUGCUGGCCGAGGCGGUGGAGCAGCUCCGCAAAGGGGCCCUCAAGGCCGAUGUGCGUGAAUCCAUGCGGAUCGCCCAAAAGGGGUCAAAAGGGAAGCCCUCCUCCUCAUCCUCCUCCUCCUCGGCGGUGCCGUGCGACUUGUGCAAAGGGGAGCAACGAGCGGCGGUCAAGAGCUGCCUGUCGUGCAUGAGCUCGUACUGCACGGCCCACCUGAAGCCCCACACCACCAAGAAGGCCCUGAGGGCGCACGAGCUGAUCGCUCCCACCGCCAACCUGGCGGAGAAGAUCUGCACCCAGCACAAGUACCUGCAGGAGUUCUACUGCCGCCAGUGCAAGAUGUUCGUCUGCUGGCUUUGCACCAGCAACCAGCACAAGGGCCACGAGUGCGUUUCCACCAAGGUCGAGCGCUUUGAGAAACAGAAAGUGCUGUCAGAGCUUCAGACUGAGAAUCAGCAGAGGCUGAAAGACCGCGAGCUGGAGCUGAAGGACAUGAAGAAGAUGAUGGAGGGGAUGAAGCGUUCUGCAGACAGGGUGCACGGCGACACGGAGCAGGUGAUGGUGGAGCUGCAGCGCUCGGUGGAGCGGCUCCAGGAGCUGCUGGAGGAGGUGCUGGACCAGGCCGGCAUGGAGAAGAUGGGCCAGGCCCAGGAGGUCAUCGACAGCCUGGAGGCCGAGGUCAAGGAGAUGAGGAGGAGGGAGAAGGAGAUGAGGGACCUGGCGAGCUGCGAGGACCACAUCCACUAUCUGGAGGCCUGUGAGUCCAUGUGCACCCCGCUGGAGACAUCGGACCUCCCCGCCGUGACGGUCAACCCCGAAGCUUCCUUUGAGCCUGCGCGGGAAGCCAUCCUGGACCUCAGGGACCGAGUGGAGGACCUGUGCAACCAGGAGCUGGGCAAGAUCACCAAACAAGUCAACGACACCACUCUGUUCACCUUGAAAGACUCCAGCCGGAGCGGAGGGGGGAAAGGAGGGCUUUUAAAAUUGUUUGGUCUGGGUUCUCGCAACACAAACAGCCGUUCUCCAGCUCCUAUACCCAGCAUCUCUGUGGGAGGGCGGAGCGCAGAUAGAAGAGGUAUAGGCAUCAAGAGUCAAGAUGUGAGGAGCAGAGACACUCCACGAGCAGACAGAGAAAGCACAAGCUCACCCAGACCCCGAGACAGACAGAGGAGAGAGGAGAGAGAGACAGUGAGGGAGACCAACCCUAGACCCACUUCAAGCCCCAGACCCAGCCCCACUCCCAGCCGCAGAGAGUCUCAUUCUCUCUGGAGCAGGUCCAGUAUGGGUCAGGCUGUCCCUGCCGCGGCCCCGACCCACAUCCCUACUCCGAUCCCAGCCACACCAGCUCCAGCUCCAACUCCGGCACCAGCUCCAGCAUCAACUGGAGGGUCAGCUUUCAGUCGGAUGUCGUCCAUCAGCAGCCUGUUCCGCUCCCAUCGACGGGGCACCACCCCGGCUACCCCGGCCACUAACACGCUGCCAGCAGGAGGAAACCCAUGGAUGGCUGCUCUGUCUGAAACACCAACAGAAAUUAACCCCAGUCUCUUCUUGGACCUGCCCACCCCGGACUCUGUGAUCCACGCUCCUGCUUUCCCCGCACUGAGAGAAAUCAACCUCGACAGCAUCCAGGCCCCAGAGCCGAGGAGCAGAGAGGAGUUCCUACAGUACUCUGUGAGCUUGACCCUUGACACCAACACGGCCCACCGGCGGCUGACGCUCGCCGAGGGCAACACUAAAGCCACCCUGCAGGCGGCGGCACAGCCCUACCCCGACCCCCAGCGCUUCGACGGCUGGACCCAGGUGAUGUGCACGAGCCCGCUGUACGGCCAGCGCUGCUACUGGGAGGUGGAGUGGAGGGGCCGGGGCUCCUCCAUGGGCGUGGCCUACAACGCGAUGAUCAGGAAGGGCUCGGACGCGCGGUCGGGGCUCGGCUACAACGCCCAGUCCUGGACCCUGGAGCUGUCGGACACCUGCUGCUCGGCCAUGCACGACAACGAGAAGAAGGACAUACCGGUCACCUACUCGCCCCGCCUGGGCCUCUACCUGGACCUGUCCACGGGGACGCUGGCCUUCUACAGCGUGGCGGAGAGCAUGACGCACCUGCACACCUUCCGCGCCAACUUCACCCAGCCGCUGUACGCCGCCUUCGGGGUGGGCAGCGGAGUCGGGGUGGGUCUGGACUUCGCCCUCGGACAGUUUAGUACCAGCUCCGACAGCAUAAAGAUCUGUCCCAUGUGAUCAAAAACAACUGACUUCAGUGAAAUAAGUAUGAAAA